AUGGGUAAUUGUUUUCGACGUUACUUUGGUAACGUUGAUCGUACGGCUGGAGAAAACAGGAGAAUUUCGUUAUGGUUACUCUUAGCGGCUAUAUGUUUGCUUUUACUGAUUUUUCUCAGUAUUGCUGCAACAAUAGUCCUUUCUUUAAUAUCAUUAUACUUGCCAGAGAAAGGAAAAGAUAUGGUUAUGAACAAUGACGAUGAUGCAUCAAGUGUACUUGAUAUGGCAUUUGCUACUGAUUUUAGUAGUAAUUCCAAGGAAUCGAUAACUGAUAUGGAUUCAAUUGCUCGCCAAUUAAAUGAAAAGCUUGGAUAUUCAAAUGGUAUACUUUCUGUUAAAUUGGCUUCAUUUGUUUCCGGUACCAACUUUAAAAAUGAAUGUAUCUAUCAUAUUGCAGGUUCAACCGUGUCAUCUACAAUUAAUCCAACAACAACAAUAACAACAACAACUACAACAACAACAACAACUACAACGAUCAGCGAUAUCGGUGAGAUAAAUAAAAAGAGAUUCAAUUUUAGUAUCCCACUAAAAUUUCUCUUUUCAUAA